CUCGGCGGCACGGCACGUGUGAGGCAACARACAACGACCAGAGACCCGACGAGAGYCCCGCUCGCGGUUUCCUGCACGGGUGGKUGGGUGCGAUCGAUCGAUCGAUCCCUCUGCUGGCCAAACACGGAAGGAAMGCAACGAAACAAACAAAGGAUGGAGGGCUACCACCACCACGACCACGACGCGGACAUCGACGACGAGAACGACUGGAAGGCCAUGGACAGCGACGAGGACCUUCCCGUUCUCGGUGGGAACGACGACGUCGACGGCAUCGAGGGGGCCGAGCGCGACGACGACGCCGACAUUGGCUUCCGGAGCCACCAGUUCCGAUACGGGUCCAUCGGCAGGCGCAAGCGGAGCCGGAAACAGAACCAGGAGGAGGCCAUCUACGGGGUCUUUUACGAGAGCGAGGGCGAGGGCGGGGACAAGACCGGGAGAGACGGCGGCCGGGAGGUCGGAGCGGGCGCCCCGGUCUUUGUGGCGGCCAGCAAGCCGCAAGGGGAAGACCCCUCGCCCCCGGCUCCAUUCUUUGUCGCCGCCGCCAAAGAGCCGGAAGAGGGCCCCCCGGCCCCGAUGUUCGUGGCCGCGGGGGCGAGCAAAGCCAGGGAGACCCCGCCGUCCGGGGAGCCGGGGGCUGCCACAACGGCGGAAAAGGCCCCGGACCCGGAACGGGAGGAAGACGACCGCCUCGCGGAGGAACAGAGGGCGGCCGACGACCGCUUCCGGGGGCUGCUGGAAAAGGCCCGGGCCAAGAACCGGAGAUCCCGGGACUCACGGCCCGGAGGGGCCGGGGGGGCUGCCCCCGCGGGAGGACCGGGCGCGGAGGGGGGAAAGGGGCCGGGGGAACCGGCUCUUCCCCUCGGGGGACUCCCGUCCUCCUUUGGCGGGCUUGGCUUCGGCGGCCUCGGCCACGGGGAGUCCACAACCAAACCCCCCCGUGCCAGGGACCCCACCGUCGGAACCUGGGAGAAGCACACCAAGGGCUUCGGCAGCAAGAUCCUCUCCAGGAUGGGGUGGAAGGGAUCCGGCGGCCUCGGGUCGAACCGGCGGUGCUUUCGGGGCGAGGCUCCCCCGUCCGGGGACCACGAGAAGGACAACGCCGAAGGGGCAACGCCCGGGGCCGCCCGGCCGGAAUCCACCGCCCCCGCGACCGGGUCCGUCAAGAAGGGGAUAUCGCGCCCCGUCGAGGUGGUGGUCCGGCCCAGCAACAUGGGACUGGGCUUUGGAAACUUCAAGGAAGCCAGCCAGCUCAAGACCAACCGGAGAAUCGAGGCGGAGGUACGAGGAAUCGACUACGAUGCGCAGCUCCGAAAGGAAAAAGAAGAGCAGCGGGCGAAACGCCGCCGCCAGAGGGCCCAGCGGUACGGGGAAGACCCCGGCAGCGACACGGAAAACGACGGUGACGACGACGAUGACGACGACGAGGAUGAUCCCACCAGGACCAUGAACAGCUCGGCCAUUGCGUCGACGGAGGAUCUCCUGUCGAAUCGAUCCUGGAGGGCCCGGCGAUCCAAGAAAAAGAAGAAAACAGGCAACGCGCCGGAAAUCAUUCCGUACGCGGAACUCAUCGAGCGCCAGAAGAAACAGAGCGGCGGAGCCUCCGGUGGCCAGCCCGUCAUCAUCGACAUGCGGGGACCCGGCUAUGCAGAAAGGGCCAAGGCCACGCCCACCGGGAGUGGCGUUGCGCUGGGGGAGGAACUCAUGUACAACCUCUCCUUUUUGCUCAACACGUACGAAAACAAGCUGCACUCGUCCGCGCGGUACCACGAAACCUCCAUCCUGCCCAAGAUCGAGAAGGCGGAGCGGGACAUCCGGGACCUGGAGGACCGGUCCCUCGAGGCGAAAACCAGGCUCGACAAGCUCCGAAAGGCCUACGAGAUCACCGAUCGGGUCCGGCAAACCGUGUCCGGGGCAACGGCGGCGGGGAAGGCAAAGACAGUGACAAACGAAAACACAAACGCAAACGCAAACUUCGAGUCCGCUCGCCUCGAGGUGAAACAACUGGUUGCCGAAUUGGAAGGCGUGUUUACCCCGCAAGAACGCAGAGACCUACAGUUCUGGAACGUACUGGCACCAACACUGCUGGGUCCGAUCGUCCACGCCACGCUCGAGCACUGGAACCCCCUUUUUGCCUCCUCCGGGRWGGACCGGACCGGAGACGAUCGGCGCAUCGUCGAUUCCUUUUUCGAAUGGAAGUCCCCGGAGCGUGCCACAAACCACGAGAAGACCAGCCGGGAGGACAGUCGGGCCCUGUGCGAAUCGAUGAUCCGCAACCAGCUGGUCCCAAAACUGAAGGCCGACAUCGAGGCCGAAUCCUCGCCCCGGUGGGAUCCGAUCCGAGACCCGUACGCGGUAUUAGACCUCUACGAGUACCUGCAUGCGAAGGCCGUUGCCUUUGACAACGAAGCCCGGGAUGGCACAAACGAUGGCGGCAAGCCGAGCAACGAAGAAAACGAGGACCCGAACCAAAUCUUUCCCUCCGGACAAGCCUACAAGGAAACGGAAGGUUCGUCGAAGCCGGAGUCUGAUUUGGCCGAGUAUAUACGCAACGAGCUGAUCAUUACUGCCGUCUAUCCAAAACUCCAAAACUGCAUCCAGCGCUGGAAGCCAGAUUUUUCCCGCUCGUCGGAGAAAAGAACCCUCGAAAACCCGCUGCACCUAUGGGUCUUGCCCUGGCUGCCCUGCAUCGACCAUCCGGCCUUGCUUCCGAACCUCGUGACGGACURCAAACGCAGACUGAGGGGGGCUCUGUCCUUCCUCCAUCGAAAACUCUCCGCCCCCGGCAACGACCGAGAGUACGUGGUCGCGGCCACAGAUUUGCUGCGGCCCUGGCAAGCUGUUCUGGGCGCAAGGUCGAUUCCGCAAAUGGUGUCGAAGGACAGCACCGUCGUUUCUCGAUUGGCCAGGCUGCUGUCGUCCUGGAAUGCUGCCGCCGCGAGGCCGGGCGAGAAAGAACCGCCAAACUGGCAGGAUCUCCGGCUGCUGUUUGAGCUCCACGGGCGGAAGAUGAUUUCCGACGUUGAUUUUUUGAGCACGAUCGAGGGACCCGUGCUGACGAACUGGGCCAGGAGCGUGCACGAGCUUCUCUGGGGCCAGGUUUCCUCCGCAGAAUCCGAUAGCGGAACGGCCCCCACCGGAACACAAGAUCCGGCAGUGGAAACCGCUGUCGGCGUGUAUCGCGACUGGAAGAUCCGCGUUCUUGUAGACCCGUUGUCUUCCGAUGAUUCUCCGAUAACCUCGUUUCCGGCAAAGAACACAGGUGACAAACCAGCAUUCUCUUGUGACCAUUCCUUGCGUCUUUUGAGAGACGAUGUGCAGACGUGCCGAAUCUUUUGUUCCGUCUUGCACAUGAUUCAGAUUUGCAAAUCCCCAUCGAUGGCGGCAUCGGCAAAACUCGAGGCAUUGGACCCACUCGAACCCCAGAUGCCCGGCUUUCGCGCGAUCUGGAACAGGCGUUCCCUGGAAGAGAAACAAGCGAUCCAAGAGGAUUUUGUUCGGAUGGAAUCGCGAUCGGAAGGAGAGACACGGGCGCGGAUCGUUCUGAAACGACGCAACGUGGCGGAACCGACCUUUCGUGAGGUCGUGGAAGAGUUUGCCAGCGACCGAGGGGUUUUAUUUCAGCCCCGUAUGGGAGGCAAGGCGCUGAAGGAUGGAAAACAGGUUUAUUUGUUUGGCGAUUUACCGCUGUAUCUAGAGGGCGACGUGAUAUUUUGCCACAAAGAUUCUGUUUGGAGACCGGUAUCGCUGGACCAAUUGGUGGGACUCGCAUCGAACAAAACAUAAGGUCGUUACUCCUGUCUCGAUAAAGAGAAUAUUUUCCGAUCCAUAUCAUUUCAAUGUUAUUGUGGUUCCUCGUUUCUAUACAAUCCAGUGUCAAAAACUCCMCCAGCCAGUCUAGUACUACCCUUUCGAAGCUCCCGGGCGAAUGCUUCACUUGCGCAAAAGAUCACGAUGUGAACAUUUGCUCCAACCAUAAGUUUGGUGCCCCAUGUGCCGCAAUCGAAGAUUGUCCACCCCGGUUUAGCGAUUGAGUCUUUUGCUUUUUUGAACCUGCUUUGGCAUCCAUAUGCUCUCCAGCUUGGGCGCUGUUUUUCAUACUUGUUGUAUUGUGUUGGAGAGGCAACAUAUCUGAAUAGAAUAUAUUUUGAACAUGAUACAACAAUAAUUACAACAACAAAACGGCACCAAUUCUGUAAGUUUUUCCAACGCUAUGAUGCCUUCUUGUAGUAGUCUUUAAUAUGCAUCAGAGAAGAUGCAUGCUGUUGCAAUCCCCGUACUUUGAAUGCUGAUUAAUAGAAUGCACGAGGAGCACGUCCAAGAUGAGGUACAGCAGCUAGUACUAAUAUAACAUCACAAAUAGC